UAAAUAAAAAAAAGAAAAGAAAAAGAAAAAAACUUCAGCCUCUUGAGCAGCCAGCCCGAACUCCCAACAAUCUGCAACCACCACAUCUCUCGCUUAAUUCUGCUAGAACUCGAAUAACAUAUAUUUGCCGCCCUAAUCCCUCGGAAAAUCCAGAAAUCUGCAGAUUUCAUAUGUUCCAGCUUCUUCGAUAGGGAUGAGAGAAAAAGAGCAGAUAGAAAUAGCUAGGAAGUCUGAGAAAUUUUCUACAGAUUUUCUGAUGGGAGGGGCGGCAGCAUCGGUAGCAAAGAGUGCAGCAGCUCCAAUUGAAAGAGUGAAACUUUUGUUGCAGAAUCAAGGAGAGAUGAUUAAGAGGGGACAACUCAAAAGACCUUAUAUGGGUAUUCGUGAUUGCUUUAGAAGAGUCUUGAGAGAAGAAGGUCCAUUGUCUUUUUGGAGAGGUAACCAGGCCAAUAUCAUACGAUAUUUCCCUACUCAGGCUUUCAAUUUUGCAUUCAAAGGUUACUUCAAAAGCCUUUUUGGACAUUCUAAAGAGAAGGAUGGUUACUUAAAGUGGUUCGCUGGAAACUUGGCUUCAGGUAGUGCUGCUGGAGCAACAACUUCAUUGCUUUUAUAUCAUUUGGAUUAUGCACGCACCCGGCUGGGAACUGAUGCAAGAGAGUGCCCGAUUAAUGGUCGGCAACAAUUUAAAGGAUUACUAGAUGUAUAUAGUAAAACCUUGAGAAGUGAUGGAAUCAGGGGUCUCUAUCGGGGAUUUGGGAUUUCAAUAAUGGGAAUUACCCUGUACCGCGGCAUGUAUUUUGGCAUCUAUGACACCAUGAAGCCCAUCGUUUUGGUGGGACCUUUUGAGGGAAAUUUCAUCGCUAGUUUCUUUUUGGGUUGGACUGUCACCACGUUCUCCGGUGUUUGUGCUUACCCCUUCGACACACUGAGACGUAGAAUGAUGCUGACUUCUGGACAACCCGUGAAGUAUCGUAAUUCUAUGCACGCACUUCAAGAGAUAGUCCGCAUUGAGGGUUUCAGAGCACUGUAUCGAGGAGUCACUGCAAAUAUGCUUGUUGGCAUUGCAGGAGCCGGCGUACUUGCAGGAUAUGAUCAACUGCACAGAAUUGCAGUUAGUCAUGGUUAUGUUAUUGAGUCGCACAGAAAUGCAUUGAAGUAAAAUCCUGUAUAUGAAAUAUAGUUAUUUUUUCUUUUUUUUUUUUUUCAAUUGUUGGCAAGACAAGUGAUUAAUGUAAAUGUAUUAAUCAAACAAUACAUGAUAACUAACCCAUUUACCAGUAAAGUGCAACAUCAAUAAAUUUUUAAUUA